AUGGAUCCCAAGGAAAGCUCCGAGCACGUCGAGAUGAUGGACAGUCCAGUUUCGAACGAUGACUUCGGCUUCACGUUGCGCCAGCAGCGGCACAUUUUUCACAAGAUUGACCGAAGACUUAUUACUGGUCUUGGUUUGUUGCUUGGUGUUAGUCUUAUGGACCGCACCAAUUUGGGCAAUGCAUCGAUUGCAGGGAUGCAGGAAGACCUUGGAUUAACUGUUGGGUCAAGAUAUUCUCUCAUUGUGUUGAUUUUCUUCGUUCCCUAUGUCCUCUUCCAACUGCCGAGCUCUAUCAUCGUCCGGAAGGUGGGCCCUCGUCAAUUCCUCGCAGGUAUCACCUUCCUGUGGGGGGUUGUGAUGAUGUGUUUUGGUUUCGUUCACGACUGGAAGGUGAUGAUGGGCCUUCGCGUCGUUCUCGGUACUUUUGAAGCUGGGCUCUUCCCAGGGGCGGUCUACCUCCUCUCUCUAUGGUACCCUCGCUAUGAUGUACACAAACGCUACUCUUCCUUUUAUCUGAUAAGUACCAUCGGAGCUUCUCUCUCGGGCGUCCUCGCAUAUGGGUUCAUGCAAAUGGCCGGUCUUGGAGGCCUUAGUGCCUGGCAAUGGAUAUUCGUGAUGGAGGGCCUUCUCACCUGUGUUUUAGCAGUGAUCGGUUACUUCCUCAUUAUAAGCUUCCCCCAGGAUGCCCACAAGGCGCAUCAUUUCCUAUCGCGACAGGAGCUUGACUUUGUCCUGCACCAACUUGAAAGGGACCGACGUGACGUGAAAGAGGAAGCAUUCAGCUGGUCAGCAUUUUUGAAACCUGCUCUCGAGCUGAAAGUCUGGGGCUUUGCAAUGAUUUUUCUCUGUGCCACUGUGGUCGCUUAUUCUCUCGCCUUUUUCUUACCUAUAAUUCUAUUCAGCAGAAUGGGAUUCAGCGUCGGUGUUUCGCAAGCCCUUUGCACACCACCAUACGUCUGGGCCGGUAUUGUUAUGUACGCCGAGGGCUGGCUAGGUGAUAAGUGGCAUUGCCGGAGCCCCUUCAUUAUUUUGAACGCACUACAGGCAAUUGUCGGCUUAUGCCUCCUUGAAUGGACAAGCUCCCCAGGAGUGCAAUACUUUGGCGUUUUCCUUGUGUGUGCCGGCUGUAACGCGAAUGUCCCCGCUGUGUUAUCAUGGCAGGCGAACAACAUUCGUGGCCAAUGGAAGCGGGCUUUCUGCAGUGCCAGUAUGAUUUCUUUUGGCGGUACUGGUGGUAUUGUUGGGGCCCUUGUAUUUCGGGCUCAAGAUGUGCCAGAGUAUUUUCCAGGAGUGGUAGCUUCAAUUGUGUGCAAUGUCAUUAUCUUAAUCAUCGCCGGAAUGCUCACGCUAUAUAUGUACAAGGCGAACCAAAAGGCCAAGCGGGGAAUUAAGUCGUGCUCCGGUAUAAAUUUUAGUGAUAAUACUGAGCUACUAUUUGAAACAUAUGAGAAGCAUCUUUCCCAAGAAGACUCCCAGGAUAAGGCACCGAGUAUCUACGGCCGGUCACCUGAGUCGUCGCCCAAAUGCUCUCUACCGUCGUCUGGCACCUGA